UAGUAGCCUACGCUGAUGAUCUAAAAUCCACUUUCCGCUUUUCGGGUGUACACCAAUACAGAUAUCACCUGGGAUCUUAACUAUUAUCUAUGUAAGGGAAUUUCAUUCAUUCCUUCAUACCAAUGUACUUCUUAAAGAAGCUGAAUUUCAAACUGAAACUUUUGCCUUCUAUGAAUGAGUUAAACUGCAAACAGUCGUUAUUUGGCUGGUUUAUCGUUUUUUAUCGGAUCUAAAUACAGAACCAAAACAAAAUUGAGUAGGACCUGUCAUCUCGCACGCGUACUGCCGGAACUUACACUUACUAAGGGAAACUUUUCCUUGAAAAACCUGUCAUCUUAAAGAGGGAGCGAUAACCAACGUUAUCAGUAGACUACUCAAACGGGACUUUAAAGUGUCGUCUGAAAGAAACACAAUGGAAUUCUUGGUACUACAUUUAUUCCGGUCCUUGAUGUUGCUGGCGCUGCUUAUGCAACGAGUACAUUCCAAUGAAAUUCUGGGGUUGAAGAUCCCGUUCGAUCCCAUUCUGAACGCAAACACCGUGUGCCUGACCCUCCCCGGCCUGACGCGGCGACAACUGGACCUGUGCAUGCGGAACCCCGACGUCACCGCGUCCGCCAUCCAGGGCAUCCAGAUCGCCAUCCACGAGUGCCAGCACCAGUUCCGCGGGCACAGGUGGAACUGCUCCAGCCUGGAAACGCGCAACAAGAUCCCGUACGAGAGCGCGGUCUUCAGCCGCGGUUUCAGAGAGAGCGCCUUCGCCUACGCCGUCGCGGCGGCGGGCGUGGUCCACGCCGUGUCCAACGCCUGCGCCAUGGGGAAGCUGAAGACCUGCGGCUGCGACCAGAAGCGGCGCGGGGACGAGGAGGCCUUCAGGAUCAAGCUGAACCGCCUGCAGCUGGAGGCCAUCCACCGCGGGAAGGGCAUGGUCCACGGCGUCAUGGAGCACUUCCCGGCCGACGCCCUGGGGCCCCAGGACUCCUGGGAGUGGGGCGGCUGCAGCCCCGACGUGGAAUUUGGGGAAAAGUUCUCCCGGGACUUCUUGGACUCCCGCGAAACGUACAAGGAUAUCCACGCCAGGAUGAGGCUCCACAACAACAGAGUUGGCAGGCAGUCGGUGACGGACCACAUGAGGCGGAAAUGCAAAUGCCACGGGACGUCCGGCAGCUGCCAGCUGAAGACGUGCUGGCAGGUGACGCCCGAGUUUCGGCUGGUGGGCUCCCUGCUGAAGGAGCGCUUCCACAUCGCCGCCCUCAUCAAGGCGCACAACAGGAACACGGGCCAGGUGGAGCACGCGCACGCCCCCCACAGGCGGCGGGCCAACCUCAACGAGCUGGUCUACUUCGAGAAGUCGCCCGACUUCUGCGAGAGGGAGCCGGGCUCGGACUCGGCGGGGACGCAGGGGCGGAUCUGCAACAAGACCAGCCUGGAGACGGACAGCUGCGAGAGCCUCUGCUGCGGCCGGGGCCACAACAUCCUGCAGCAGACGCGCAGCGAGCGCUGCAACUGCAAGUUCCACUGGUGCUGCUACGUGGUGUGCGAGGAGUGCCGGAGAACAGAGUGGGUCAGCGUAUGCAAAUGAGAGAGGCGGGGCCGGUUCCCAACUGAUACAGACUGCCGGGAGAAGCCGUCCCUUGCCGCCCCCCCUUUUGCAAAGGACCGCCGUUUCUGUUGGUAAAAAAAAACAAAAAAAAACAAAAAACAAAAUGGAAGCUCAGAAUAAGACGAGAGCUUUCAGAGUGCGGAGAACCAUAAACUCUGGGCCUGCUCGGCACCUGUCCGGUCAUCGGAGUUUGGUCCGAUCGUUUGAAUCUGCACUGCGUUUUAUUUCAGAAAGUAUUUUUAAAUUAAAUAAUUUAAUACGUGGAUAUGUUUAUUAGGAGCUGAACUCGUUAGUAGCUAAGUGCAGUUACGACAAAGAAAAUCGGUUCCUUUGGUUCGCAACUUUCUUUUCCCAAUAAAAGAACUGCAUGGGACUCUAGUGCGUAGAGGCAAGAAUACGAAAAAUAACGAUAAUUUAAAAAAGUUCUCCAAAGCCGCAAUGCACCUUCGCUUCCCAAUAGUUGUAUUGUCAUUGUUAAAUACUAAUAAUCAUUUCAUGCAACUUUCAUGCACUGCCCUUCUUUUCAGAAUAGACAAAAAUCAUCACGUCAUAUUUUGAAAUCAAAUCAAAGUUUCAUAUUAAGACACAGCGAUUACUCUACAUCGUCAGCCCCACGACGGAAUGUGCCUGUAAGAUUGUUCAUGCUAUUUUACGAUCAUUGAUGUAUGACAGUGAGGUUGCUUCAUAGUGACGAAUUGAGGUUAUAAAAAUAUGGAAUGAAUAUGCUUUGUCUUUUGUUUUGUUUUUUUCACAAACAAACAGAAAGUAUGUAUCAGUAUAUAAGUCCAUAUGGAUUACAAGGCAGUUUAAUUCUGCAGUUUGCACAGGUGUUACUCUGGAGAAAUUGACUGAUGGACUUUUCAUUUUAGAGCAUUAACAAGACAAAAUGCAGUUUAUUAUAAGUGUAUGAAUUUAUAUUUUAGUUUUCUUG